AUGGGGGGCAAGACUGCUAACAAGGCCGGCUACUUCGACAAGCUCAAGGGCUUGCUCGAGGAGUACCGUUCCGUCUUCAUCGUCUCGAUUGACAAUGUCAGCUCGCAGCAGAUGCACGAAGUCCGCCACUCCCUCCGUGGAGAUGGUGUUGUCCUGAUGGGCAAGAACACUAUGGUUCGCCGUGCCCUCAAGACCUUCAUCAACGACACUCCCGAGUACGAGCGUCUUCUGCCCUUCGUCAAGGGCAACGUCGGCUUCGUCUUCACCAACGGUGACCUCAAGGAAAUCCGUGACAAGCUUCUGGCCAACCGUGUCGCCGCCCCUGCUCGUGCUGGUGCCGUCGCUCCCGUCGAUGUCUGGAUUCCCGCUGGCAACACCGGCAUGGAGCCCGGCAAGACGUCCUUCUUCCAGGCCCUCGGUGUCCCCACCAAGAUUGCCCGUGGUACCAUUGAAAUCACCACCGAUCUCAAGCUCGUCGAGGCCGGCAACAAGGUCGGCCCCUCCGAGGCCACCCUGCUCAACAUGAUGAACAUUUCUCCCUUCACCUACGGUCUUGGAAUCGAGCAGGUCUACGACCAGGGCCAGGCCUUCCCCGCCGAAAUUCUCGACAUUGGCGAGGAGCAGCUCCUCGGCACCCUGUCCAAGGCCAUCACCACCAUUGCCACCAUCUCUCUGGCCAUCAACUUCCCCACCCUGCCCUCGGUCAUGCACUCCGUCGUCAACUCCUACAAGAACAUCCUUGCCGUUGCCGUCGAGACCGAGAUCAGCUGGCCCGAGAUUGAGGACCUCAAGGACCGCAUUGCCAACCCUGAGGCUUACGCCGCUGCUGCCCCUGCUGCUGCCGCCGCCUCUGGUGGUGCUGCCGCCGCUCCUGCCGAGGAGGAGAAGAAGGAGGAGUCGGAGGAUGAGGAUGAGGAGGGUUUCGGUGGUCUCUUGUGCGUGCAUUCUCCCUUCCUGGAGGAUUGCUCUGAGCUUGUACUGACUUUUGCUGCAGUGACUAAACGGCAUCCCGGAAUGACGGCGUUGGGCUGGCUUUCAAAAUCUCGGUUGGGUUUACGAUACAUGCAUCUUCCAAAAGGUUACAUAGGUCGCUUGAUGGUCAGCCAGGAUAUCUGGAAAUGUCCUCUUGACACACGACACGUAAUGAAAGCUAUGCCUCACAUGACGACUCAUACAAAUGAUUAUGUGAAACGUGAUGAAGCCGGUUCGACGUUUUGCUUCACGCUAUAUACGAAAAGCUUUUUGGAUGAUUAUGAAACAACUUCAAGAGCUUUUUAA